UUUCAUCAAAAUGUUGCUUUUUAUGUUGUCGCUGUUUAUGCUCACCGUUUGUGGUCUUGACCAGGAGAAUUGCAGUGUCCAUGAUCUAUAUAAUAUGCUGAAUAGUAACUUAUCGGUAACUGUGCGUCCGACUACCCACUGGGAAAAUGCAACAGAAGUACACGUUGAUAUAACCUUGUAUUCCAUCAUACGCAUGGAUAUGACUUUGCAGUCUAUAUCUACAUAUAUAUGGUUUGAAAUGAGCUGGAGAAACAAGUUAAUAUUCUGGAAACCAGAAGAAUAUUGUGAAAUCAAAAGUAUAAUUGUUCCUGAGUCACAAUUCUGGAAACCGGAACUCUACAUCAGUGAAUUAACUAAAUUGGAUGAAAACCCUAUGAUUUCCUAUUACCAGGUCAAUCAUGAUGGACUCAUAGUUCAGACGAAGCCAUUACGGAUUGUUAGUACCUGCAACUUAGAUAUUUUCAAGUUCCCCUUUGACACGCAGACUUGUAACCUGACUUUCACUACCUUUGUGUACCAAGGUUGGUCUAUGAUAUUGGUCUGUCAACAUGGUGCAUUCAGCUAUAUAGAUGACUCAAGUUCUCCUUCAAGGCGUCACAGUGGGUCAGGACUCUCUGGUUUGUUGCCUUUGGGAGGCAGUACCUCAAUCAUGCGUUGUUAA